CGUCAGCGCUCCCGGAACUGGCUUCUGUGAGUGAGUGAGGGACCGCACCGAGAGAAGGAGAGACAGCGCGUUCCCAACAGAACACAUCUCCUCUCUUCAUAUCUGGUGUACUUCUGUCUCUCUAAUCUCUGAUGUUGCUGGGGUAAUGACGGCUAAUCCCAAAGGAAGCAAAGCAACAAAGGUUAAGAAGGAGGUCGGUGAAAAUGCCUUGACACUCAGUGACCAGGAGUUGGUCUCCAUGACAGUCCGAGAGCUGAACCAACACCUGCGAGGCUUGAGCAAAGAGGAGAUUAUUCAGCUGAAGCAGCGUAGGCGGACACUGAAGAACCGAGGUUACGCAGCCAGCUGCCGGGUCAAACGUGUGACGCAAAAAGAGGAGUUGCAGCGACAGAGGGCUGACCUCCAGCAGGAGGUGGCAAAGCUGACCAGAGAGAAUGCCAACAUGAGAUUGGAACUCGAUGGUCUGCGGUGCAAGUACGAAGCCCUCCAGAACUAUGCUCGGACUAUGGCCAAGGGCCCCACUCCAACCACCAGUGUCAUCACCAUUGUCAAGUCAUCUGACUCUUAGGUCCUUGGCACUUCUGUCUUUCUAGUCUUCCAUUGGAACUUUCAGCUGAAGGGUUGGGCAAGGGCAUUGAUGGGUUAUGGAACCAAGAUAGGUAGUUGAAGCUAAGAUAGACAUGAGGCAUGAGCUAAUUGAAUUGAUCUGAAUGACCUGCUCUAUGUGAGGGAAUGCCCUUAAUCAACUCACCUUCUUGAGAUUGUAUCUAAUGGUGAGAUAUUCACCAUUCAACUAGGGCAUCUCCUGAACAUUAUAAAGCUAGGACUUCAAAAUGAGCCCUCAAGCUUGCGAAAACCUGCAAAUCUGAAACUUUUAAAAAAAACUUGUGGGGUGGGUGAAAAAGUGUCUUGAAGCCGGGCCUAGAUCUGAACCCCAGAUUCACACCCAAUAUCCCAGUGUGCAAGAGGCACUGUUUCAGAGUUAAUUUGCCUGAAAGCUGAAAAGAAAGACAUCCAUAACUGAAAUCUGUGUACUGUUCAGACUCUGGAAGCAUGAUGAGACCAGAACCAGAUCAGCCAUAAUUGUAUUGAAUGGUGGAACAAGCUCAAAGGGCCGAAUAGCCUAUUCCUGCUCCUUUAUGUUCCAAUGUAACUUGCCGUGGUUAAUUCUCCUGGUCUCAACAACUGUUCAAGUAUUGAAUGGGAAAGUAAUCCACACCCAACAAAGACUUAGGAGUAUACCUUUUGAAAACUUUUUGAGUACUGAAUGUCUGUCUUUCAAACAUUUUAUUUUUGCUGUCCUGUCUUUCUCAAACAAAAUGUAGAGCAAUGUGUACAAUUGUCCUUUGGCAAGCUGCAUAAAACAAAAGAUAUAUUUUUUAUUUA